AUUCGUGAAACUAUAUCUAAUGGAACUGCCAAAUUUUUUGGUGUUCCACCAUCAGAAGACAACCAUUCACAAUUAGCAAGUACUGCUGUUGAUCCGAAGUGGAAAUCUCGACGUUUGCGCUUCAUUUGUAAACGUUAUGGAAAUGUGAAGGAAGAAGCUGUUUUCAAAGAACUUUGUUCACAUUUUACGGAGGAUUUUAGUGAUGUUUCACCAUCUGUAAAAAAUAUCACACCACAAGAUGAAGCACAUGAAACCGCUUUUAGGGUAAGUGAAUUUUUAGAUGCAAAUUUUAGUGGAUGAAGCAAGAUCAUUCAACAUCAUCUGGAACGACGCGAUAGUGUUAUGAAAAUGACUUACGAUAGGCUUUCAGCUAUAGUACAGAGGAAAACUUUGCGACCAAAAAAGACUUGUGCGAUAAUAAAACGUGGACGGUCAACAUCUAGCAGUUUUGCACCAUUCACAAUUCAGCAAGCUGGAAACAUCACUCAUAUCAAAAUCAAUCCUUCAGUAACGGAUGUGUCUGUAAGCGGUGGGAACUAUAAAUUCUUUUUUGUGUCCUGUAUUACACACAGCAAAUUUUUUGCUUGUUCUUUGCAGUAUGUUUAA